AUGGAAAAUGGGGAUGAUUUAGACCAGAACGUUGGUGUGUCUUUGAGUACAGGGGUGAAUAAGAAAUUAAUUGAAAGGGACAGUGAGCCCACUGUAAAAGAGGUACGAGCUUCUGAAGUAGAGAACGAGAUGACCAGUUCCAUUCCGGAGGAUGGAGAAGGAGUAGCAUCGAAAGAUGACCAGGGAGACUGGAAUUCGGUUUCUCCGACAAAGAGAAGUAGACAUGUGGAUCAGUCAGCAAUGGGGAAUACAAACAAUCUUGUGUCUCCUCUCUGUUUUGGCAGAGACUGA